GGCAUGGACCCCGAUCGCUGUGCGUCCUUCUCCGUGGGGCCCGGACCUGGCCCCUAUGCGGCUGCAGGGGACGACUCUCCAGGAGAACCAGGCACCCCCGCCACUGCACCCCAUUUGCACCCUGCACCUCCCCGGGGUCCGAGGCUGACCCUUUUCCCCAAUUGCGGACCCCUGGAGCCCUACUUCCCCGAGCCCGCCAAGCCGCCCGCCAAGUACCUGCAGCAGGUCCUUGGAGCUGGACCGGCCCUCAACGGCAGCAACUUCUACGAGGGACCCGCGGAAGCUGAGGAGAAGGCUGCCAAAGCUGCCAGCUUCCCCCAGUUACCCUUGGACUGCCGAGGGGGCCCAAGGGACGGACCCUCCUCAAACUUGCAGGGCUCCCCAGGCCCCUGCCUGGCCAGUCUGCGUGUCCCCUUGUCACCAGGACUCCCUGACUCGAUGGAGUUAGUCAAGAACAAGAGCAAGAAGCGCCGUAACCGCACAACCUUCAGCACAUUCCAGCUGGAGGAACUGGAGAAAGUUUUCCAGAAAACCCAUUACCCUGAUGUGUAUGCCCGUGAGCAGCUGGCUCUGCGCACAGACCUGACGGAGGCCCGAGUUCAGGUCUGGUUCCAGAACCGCAGAGCCAAGUGGCGGAAGCGUGAGCGGUAUGGUAAGGUGCAGGAGGGGCGAAACCCUUUCACGUCAGCCUACAACAUCUCUGUGCUGCCCCGCACGGACAGUCACCCCCAGUUGCAGAACUCCCUGUGGCCCAGCCCAGGAUCUGGGAGCCCCGGGGGUCCUUGCCUCAUGUCUCCAGAGGGCAUUCCCUCCCCAUGCAUGUCUCCAUACUCUCACUCUCAUGGAAACAUGGCGAGCUUCAUGGGGGUACCAGCCUCCCCCAGAGCCCAUCCCGGCGUCUACUCCCUCCAUGGUUUUUCCCCUGCCCUGAGCAGCCACAGCUUUGAGCCUUCCCCGGACAGCGACUAUAAGUCUCCCAGCCUCGUCUCGCUCAGGGUGAAACCCAAGGAACCACCCGGCCUGCUGAACUGGACAACGUGA